UUUUUACAUGGUCAUCGGUAACUAAUUAAUUGUGAGGCUUUGCAGCGUGCUUUAUGCGAACGCAAUAUUUACGCGCGGUCUAUUUAGCCUUUAUGCUUGCAGCACUACCCGAGUAGCGGUCCUACGUAUACGUAAUUGCAGCGUUAACGAAUUGUAAUAUUAUGCAUAUAUCAUCCCAGACCUAUAAAUAGUGAAUAAUCUUUACUGUCAGGCCAUUUCUGUUCAGGUGCUUUAAUCAUCAUAAGGUGUUUGUGCGAGCCAGAAUGACCGGAAGUAAAGGUAGUUGCAGGCGACACCCUGUGCUUGUUGUAUUGUGGUCAACGGUUGUGAUCUCCGUUUGGUACAGUCAGUCAGUGUCAUCUCAAGGUCCGAUAUCGAAAUGUACCGGCACUAUCCUGACAGGAUCAGCUGCAUUUGGGGACUGGCGAUCGAGUGCGCCAGGUAUUUGCCGACGGAUCACGGUUAACGAUCUGCCGCCCCCCUUCGCUACACCAUCGGGGGUGGCAUUUGCAGCCAUCAUCCCGCGACCGGCUGGUGCAUGGCCACAGGUCAAACCAAAUUUCAAAGUUGAUGAAUUUUUCACCGGAUUGAAUAACAGUCGAAUUGUCCGCGUGGCCCCUAAUGGAGACAUUUUUGUUGCGGAAAUGAUGGCAAACAGAAUUCGUGUGUUACGCGCUGCCGAUGGAGCUUCCAAGCCCGACACAGCUAGCAUCUACGCGAGUGGUUUGAAUUUGCCAUUUGGUAUUGCAUUUUAUCCACCUGGACCCAACCCUCAGUGGGUGUAUGUCGGCAAUACCGGCAGCGUGGUCCGCUUCGCCUAUCAGAACGGAGAUCUUGUCGCUCGGGGUGCACCGGAAGUGAUUGUUCCCGUUUUGCCAGUUGGCGGUGAUCACUUUACAAGAGAUGUCACAUUUUCAUUGGAUGGCUCGAAAAUGUAUGUGUCGGUGGGAUCGUGGACUAAUUAUGGAGAAAACGGCACUGCCAUCGAAGAAGGGCGCGCUCAAGUAAACCAGUACAAUCCGGAUGGCUCUGGAUUUAAGGUUUUUGGUUCCGGUAUCCGCAAUGCCGUGGGAAUCGCUAUUAACCCCACAACCGGCAAAUUAUGGGUGUCUGUCAAUGAGCGCGACGGUCUCGGCGACAACCUGGUUCCAGAUUAUAUUAGCCAUGUGGACGACGGAGAUUUUUUCGGUUGGCCAUGGUACUACAUCAACGGUACUCAGGAUCCGCGCCAGACCGACGCCCAUCCAGAACUGCGCGCUAAGGAACGGACUCCGGAUGUCCUUCUGCAGGCGCACUCAGCCUCCCUGGAGAUGGCCUUUUACACCGGCUCAUCUUUCCCGAGUGAAUACAUGGGGGAUGCCUUCGCAUCGGAGCACGGCUCAUGGAAUCGCGGGAACCGUACCGGUUAUAAGGUCAUCCGGGUGCCGAUGAUUAACGGCAUCGCCACCGGCGAGUAUGAGGACUUUAUGACCGGUUUCGUCACGGAUACCGGUGAUGUGUGGGGCCGGCCGGUGGGAGUGGCGGUCGCCAGGGACGGAGCACUGUUGGUUUCGGAUGAUGGGGCCAAUACCAUCUGGAGGAUUUCCUAUGUGGGCAACGGUACUAGCACGGCAACACAGGCGACUACGUCACCGGCGACUGCGGCUCCGGCUCCUGGCUGCACACCUGCGGCCUACUAUGGUUAAUCUGAUGAUACUAUUUUUGGAAUUUUUUAUACUAAAUUUUUACUUGUUUCGUCUAUAAAAAAUGCACUGGAUUUGCUCCGACUGAAGGAAUAUUUUACCUCUUUGUAUACU